AUGCAGCAGCCCCCUGGCUUUACUGAUUCAACUCGUCCUCAGCAUGUCUGCAAGCUCCACAAAGCCCUCUAUGGCCUCAAACAAGCUCCUCGUGCAUGGUUUCAGCGCCUCAGUUCUUUUCUCCUUCGUUAUGGAUUCAUCCAGAGCCGGGCAGACUCCUCUAUGUUUAUUUUCUGGGGCAAUUCUCACAUGAUGAUUUUACUUCUUUAUGUCGACGACAUUGUUCUCACCGGUAGCAGUCCUUCCUCUCUUUUGGAUUUUAUCCGUAUCUUGGGUAUCCAAUUUGAUCUCACAGAUCUUGGGCAACUCAAUUAUUUUCUUGGCAUGGAGGUGACUUAUUUGUCAGAGUGUGUUCAUCUCACCCAAAACAAAUACACCCUUGAUUUACUCAAACGCAGUAACCUAUUGGAAUGCAAGCCGUGCUCCACCCCCAUGGCCUCCAAAGGCUCCCUAUCCCGUACCACCGGCCUUCCUCUGUCUGACCCCUCCAUUUAUCGGCAACUGGUUGGCACUCUUCAAUACUUGACUCUCACUCGCCCUGACAUUGCAUAUGCGGUUCAGUCUGUGUCUCAGUUCAUGGGCUCCCCCACUGAUCUUCACAUGGAGGCUGUAAAACGUAUCCUUCGAUACCUCAAGGGCACUCUUGGUCAUGGCUUGCCACUUCGUCGAUCCACCGCUUCCUCCAUUCUUGUUGCCUACUCGGAUGCUGACUGGGCGGGUUGCCCCGAUACCCGUCGCUCAACAACUGGCUAUUGCAUGUUCUUAGGGGCAAAUUUAAUCUCAUGGAGCGCCAAGAAACAGCGUACAGUUUCACGCUCUAGUGCCAAGGCGGAAUACCAUGCACUCGCCUAUGCAUGUGCUGACACCAUUUGGAUACAAGGUCUCCUUCACGAAUUACACUUCCCGCUCCUCCGGCCGGUUCUCCUCAACUGUGACAAUCUCUCUGCGACUUACAUGGCUACCAACCCUGUUUUCUAUGCUCGCACGAAACAUGUUGCUCUUGAUUAUCACUUUGUUCGGGAACGCGUUGCCUCCGGCAGCCACAGAGUUUCAUUCAUUCCUUCUGUUGAUCAACUCGCUGAUGUCUUCACCAAAGGUCUUCCUACGGAUCGCUUUACCCGCCUGGUAUCCAAACUUGUCUCGCCUCCGCUGCCAAGUUUGCGGGGGAGUGUUAGGCAACCACCAUGUUCUUGA